AUGGUGAGCACAAGGCCUUUUGAUUAUUCCCUGUACUCAAAAACUUUGCAACUCUGCAUCGAUGCAAAAGCGGCAAAGCAAGGUCGUUUGAUCCACAACCAUCUCAUAAUAAAUGGGGUUCUUUCAAAUGUUUAUCUCAACACAAAGCUGAUUAUAUUUUAUUCAAAAAUUCGGGACAUGAUCACUGCUCGAGAAGUGUUCAAUAAAAUGCCUGAGAGGAGUGUGGUUUCUUGGACUGCUUUGAUAUCGGGGUAUUCUCAAAACUGUAACUUUGAGGAAGCUUUGAUUGUGUUUUCAGUGAUGCAUCGGGAAGGUGUUAGGGCGAAUCAGUUUACAUAUGGGAGCUCAUUGAGGGCGUGUACGAGUAUGAUGUGUUUAACUAGAGGGAAGCAAAUACAAGGGUGCAUUCAGAAAAGUUGGUUGUAUGGGAACCUAUUUGUGCAGAGUGCAUUGAUUGAUUUGCAUUCUAAGUGUGGGAAGAUGGAGGAUGCUUGCUAUGUUUUUGAGUCGAUGCUGGAUAGGGAUUUAGUUUCUUGGAAUGCGAUGAUUGGUGGCUAUGCUGUUCAGGGGUUUGACAACAAUGCCUUUCAAAUGUUUCGUUCAAUGCUGGGAGAAGGCAUGGUCCCUGAUUGCUUCACUUUGGGAAGUCUUCUGAAAGCCUCUGCUGGAGUUAGUGGUCUUGUGAAGGUGAGGCAGAUGCAUGGAUUCAUUAUCAGAUUGGGUUUUGGAUCACAUAAUAUUUUGCUUUGUUCGCUGAUUGAUGCUUACAUAAAAUGUGGAAACAUGAGAAGUGCAAAUCAUAUUUACAAGAGUAUGCUUCAAAAAGAUACAAUAUCAUGCACUGCAUUGAUCACAGGAUAUGCACAAGAAGGUAACUAUAGCAGCGAGGCCCUAAAUCUCUUCAAUGAAGUGCAUCAAAUGGCCAUGGGAAUCGAUGAUGUUAUAUUAUGUUCCAUGCUCAAUAUAUGUGCCAAUACCGCAUCACUUGGAUUGGGAAGACAAAUGCAUGCUUUGGCGCUGAAAUAUCAACCCCGCCAUGAUCUGGCCAUGGGAAAUGCUCUCAUUGAUAUGUACUCAAAAUGUGGAGAAAUUGAAGAUGCUAAACGUGUUUUCGAUAAGAUGGGAGAGAAAAAUGUUAUUUCAUGGACAUCGUUAAUUUCUGGAUAUGGGAAGCAUGGCCAUGGACAUAAGGCAAUUACAAUGUAUAAGAACAUGGAAUAUGAAGGGCUGAAGCCAAAUGAUGUAACAUUCUUGUCUCUUCUCUUCGCGUGUAGCCAUAACGGUUUGACUAGUGAAGGAUGGGAAUGCUUUAAUGGUAUGGUUAACAAAUAUGGUAUUGUGCCAAGAGCUGAGCAUUAUUCGUGUAUGGUGGACCUCUUUGUGCGAGGAGGUCUGUUAGAAGAAGCCUAUAAUCUUAUAUGUAAGGCAAAUAUGAAGCCUAAUGGCUCACUUUGGGGUUCCAUUCUUGGGGCAUGUAGUAACUAUGGUAAUAUGUCUAUUGGAGAAAUUGCAGCCAGGCACCUAUUUAAUAUAGAACCUGAGAAGUCAGUAAACUAUGUGGUUCUAGCAAGCAUGUAUGCUGCAGCUGGAUUGUGGGACAGUGCAUUAAAGACACGGAAAUUAAUGGAAGAUCGAAGGUUAAGAAAGGAUCUGGGAUACAGUUUUUUUCAACCCACAAAUAAAAGGGUCAAACUUCUGGAGAUAAGUUGA